AUGCAGGCAUAUUUUCAAAUUCUGCCUAUAGAAAAUCUGACGGAUGACUCUAUCCCUCUGUACCCCAAGGUUAUCGUGGAUGGAGAGAGUCCAGUUGCAAUAUGUAUUUUAGGGGACCCAGCCUAUCCCUUGCUACCUUUUGUUAUGAAAGAGUUUGCCAACAACAGCACUUUUUUGGUUUCAAACUUUUAUCUGCAAUGUGCUUUGGGGAGGUUGAAGGGUCGUUUUGGCUGUCUCAAGAGGGAUAUGGACAGAGAUAUCAAGUAUUUGCCGGAAGUUGUCCAUGUUUUUUUUAGCUUGCAUAAUUAA